UGUUGCAAACACUUUGAGCCUUCCUUAUUUCUCGGAGAGGAAGUGUGUGGCCUGUUUGGCAAAUGCCGUUCUACAUGACAGCGUGAACUUCACAACACACUCAUUCGACCGGCUGCUCCUCGACCUGAUCAGCCAAACCUUGCUGGCAGCAUGCGAGCUGCAUUAUGACUACUGCUCUUUUGGAGAGAUACUGCAACCUGGAAUACCAUGCCUAGCAUUUAAAGUUCUGAAGAGCUUUGACGGAAUUAAAGAUAGCAAUGGGAAAUACUAUGAAAACACCGAGAGCCUCAGAAGAAACAAGUAUGUCAAGCCAAACGGGCCAGGAGAGUGAUUUCCUUGCUGUCCUCUAUGAUUAUCCCUCAGCAGACAUAAGCCAACCUAUAUUUCAUGUAGGAGAAAAGCUACGUGUGCUAUCAGAUGAAGGAGGCUGGUGGAGAGUCCAUUCCCUCACAACAGGUCGAGAAAAUUAUAUUCCAGGAAAAUACGUAGCAAAGGUUUACCACGGCUGGUUGUUUGAAGGGUUGGGGAGAGAAAAAGCAGAGGAACUUCUACAGCUUCCCAACACCAAGGUCGGCUCCUUCAUGAUCAGAGAGAGUGAAACUAGGAAAGGAUUAUAUUCUUUGUCAGUGCGGCACAGGCAAGUGAAACAUUACAGGAUCUUCCGUCUUCCAAACAACUGGUAUUACAUCUCUCCACGGCAAACCUUUCAGUGCCUUGAAGACCUUGUGAAUCACUACUCAGAAGUUGCUGAUGGUCUCUGCUGUGUCCUUACAACACCUUGUCUUACCCAGUGCACUAACAACAACAGUGUUAUCAGCCAAGUUCCUCCUGUGGUGAUGCGGAACAAAAACUUCAACUGGAGAAGCAUACACAGGCUGGAGAUGACUGAAGAUGCCGAAAGCACACUGGCAGCAAUAGAUGAUUCUUGUCUCAGCUAUGGCCUAAGGGAAAGCAUUGCUUCCUAUCUCUCCUUAGCAGGGGAUGACAACUCUUCUUUUGCAAGUGCCAGAAAGAAGAAAACCCAGUCUCUCAUAUACACAGGGAGUAAACGUAAGAGUACCAUUCACUUGCCACCUACCUACUAUGAAGACUGAACCUAAGACAAACUGGGGAAAAAAAAAAAUGAACUGAAGGGUAGGAAAAAACCCAGAGCAUCCUGUGGGCCUGCAGUCCUUUGACAUCUGAGAGAUAUGAGCGCACCAGCUGAAGACCAAAUGCUGGCUAUGCUUCUGCAUUUCCUCUGCUGAAUGUUGACCAGAAUGAUGACCUUUUUUAGGGUCAUCUGAGCCACAGCAUAGGCUGGGAACAGGCUCAAUGCACCUGAAAUUAGAACCUGCUUGCAAGGAAGAUGAACCUCAGAGAGAGAUUCUUAGAAAAGAGCAAAUGAGGCAGAGACUUUUCAGUAAGGAUGAUGUCCACCACUGUACAAAGACAAUUGUGUCGGGAAGGACUAUCUACAACCUAAGACCUUAAAUUAAGGCCUGGUAUUAUGCUGAAAUACACCUUCACAGCACUUCCCCACACUGAGAAGAGGAGCUUCUUUCUUCUCAGUAUAGAAUCAUUUUCUAAUCCAAUAUCACUGCAAAUGAAAGUCCUCAAUAAACCCAGGAAUAUAUCAAGUAUCUGGCAUCCAAGCAAGACCUCAUGAUAUCAAAUCUGUAUUGCCAUUUUUACCUUCUUGGAAAAAAAAAUAAAAUCACUGGCUUUCCAAGUGACUUGUAAUUGAGCUGCUAGCAGCAGCCAGCUGUGUCACAAAGAGGUCCAAAACCUAAUAACAGGCUUAAGUCACUGAGAAGAGCAAUUCCUACAUAGCUCUGAGGCAAGAGUACAGGCAUAUGCAAAAGCAGAACUCAGCUGCUCAUAGCCUAGCAGUUAUUCAGAGAACAAAACUUUGUUAAGGGAAAUAUAAAAGGUGAUAGUAUCAUGCCUUACUGCCAAGGUAGGCUUGCAAAGCUGCGACCUCUUUUGUGUAGGAGGUCAGAUUUUAAUCCCACCUCCUGAAGACACCCCAUAUUUAUGUAUAAUAUUUAUAUUAAUAUCAGCUUUUUUAAUAACUAAACUAUAGAGCAAAUUAGCAACAGUGGUUAUUAGUUUUCUGCAUUUCUUGUCUGAAGCGAGUUAUGUCAAAUUGCAACAAGACGUUUCAUUAAAUUCCUAUAAUGAUUUGUAAAUUGAUUGUCUUCAGUUUCACAGAUCAGAGAGGUUUUUUGAUACGUCUGUAUCCUUUACCGAUCUAUAACGAAGCAGAUAGCAUGGUCCUUUGAACCCGAUUUGCGAUUGCCUUCUGAAUCAAGUCGUCACUCACAUCCAGGAUUGUGAAAUGCUGCAAACCAUGUACCUGAAUGGAGAUCUUUUUGAUCAACUAUUCUGUUGCACAGAUUAGAGUAAUCAAGUGUAGAGACACAGGGGAUUGGGCUGGAAUAUAUGCAUACACACACACACACACACACACACAUAUAUAUAUAUAUAUUUCCUGUAAAUACCUCUUAGCACAAAUCUGUCUGCUCUUUAGAUCUUAUAACAGAUCAUUUACACUAGCAAUAGAAAAUCGGAGAUGAAACCAGCUCACAGCCUGCUUAAAUACAGUUUGGGACUUUAACGUGCAAAUGUAAUUUGGCUCACAAACAUUGAACACCACAAAGCAAAAUGAACUCAGGAACUCUAGGUGUUUUUGUAACCUAAUUACUGCUACUGAUCAUUAAUAUGUUAUUACAAUGACUGCAUUUUAACUAACAAAAUGUAUAUGCAGAGCAUUACAGAUAUCUAAAUCA